CGGAGGCGAGGCCGCGCCCUGCAGGGCCUGCACCUCUCUUCCUAGGGCCGAGAGGGCUCUAGGAGCCUAGCGCGAGGUUAGAGAAGGGGGAAGGUCCAAAUGGAAGAGUCUCUUAUUUUUCUUUCUUGAUAAAGGGACUUUGAUUGCUUUAAUUCCAGGACUUUGACAUGUUAAACCUGGGAUAGAAGAUUCCUUCAGAGACUCCAUAUCCAGGCUUCCUUUGGGAUCCCGCAAGUGAGCGAAAGCAUUGAGGACAAGUUUAAAGAUAAUCACUUACUGCCUCAGUUUCCUUUGUGUGUAAAAUGGCGGUAAAAUAGCUGCUGGCCUCUUUAAUUGUCAUUCCCACGGGACUGGGAAUUGUUAGAGCACCUGAGGCAACACCAACACGUAAAGACAAUGGCCAUUUGACUGAGGUCUUGUAGGUUCAACGAGAGCAGGUUGAUGGUUAUUUGUGUCAGAUAUCUCUCAGCAGAGCAGGAGUGAUGGAUUAAUUAAAAGGAUUUACCAUAUAUCUUAUGACUCUUUACUGGAGCUUUGAGAAUUAGAUUGAGGACUCCUGUUGGCAUUGAAUUGGUGACAGUGACCUUUUAUUGACAGAGUCCCCCUCUCCUGUUGGCUUGUGUAUUCGCAUAGCUGGACUGCAGCAGGACUCCAUUUAUCACAGGCAGUGGGAGGAGAGAAAGAUGAAUGCCAUGUCUCAUCCAAUACUGAAAAUUUGAAGUUUAGAAGACAUUUGCCAACUCAAAUCACUUCAAGUGAAUUAGUCAUGCCUUCUGGAACAAUACAGAGUGGAAAAGUUUUGCAGAAUAAGAGUCAGUUUAGGACCAUUGCACCGAAAAUUGUUCCCAGAGUCCUAACAUCCAGAGUGCUGUCGUGCCAUUCUCCAUCACUCUCUGAUCAGGUGACUCCAGGACCCUCCAUCAGCUCCACACCACUGGAGAUGCCCACCCAGAAUUUUGCUCUGAUGCAGGUUGCUGGCCAGGAGGGGACAUUUUCUCUCAUUGCAUUGCCACAUGUUGCCUCAGCUCAGCCAAUCCAGAAACCCAGACUGCCCCUGCCCGAAAACCUUAAAUUGCCUAUUCCUCGAUACCAACCCCCAAGAAAUAACAAAGGAGCAAGAAAGAAACCUGUCCUGAGCUCCUCUGAGAGUGGCUGCAGCAAACCUCUUGCCCAAACCCGAACGUUCCCUUCUCCACCUGACCAUCCUGAACUCCCACCCCAACCCAGUCCAUCCAAGCCAGUGCUGUCACUAGACCAAGCGCCAGCCAGUGUCGGAAUGGCUGCACUGACCAGUGCAGGUGGCCACGGAGACUCUCACCCUGCAGUGACCAAUGACCAUGGCGAUCCGAACCUUUCCAACACCCCAGUAUCAUCCACUCCCGAGGAGCCCUCUGCCAAGCUGGGCCUCAUGAAGAUUUCAGGGAAAGAGAACUUUGCAAGCAAGCAAACAUCCGGUAAACCUGCUGCUGCUGCUGCCAGUGAAAACCAUACAGAACAAGUUGAUCUUGCAAAAGGCAUGAUCAAGUUACCAACGGCCAUUUUUGGCAAUGCCCUUCAGUUGAUCCCCUCAGUCCCCAAAGGUAAACUGCCCAUCUUACCCUACUCAAGAAUGAAAACGACAGAGGUUUACAAAAGCGAGUCAGAUGUUAACAUGGCAGAUUUCUCUUCACCUGGGCUCAGGGCAGACUGCAAUAAGAUAUCCUCCACCACAGACAGCUUCAAUGCAGCCACCAGAGUGGCCAACAAGGUACCUGGUCCACAGCUGUCGAAGCGCGGCCCCUGUGACACUGCCUUUUGUCCAGCCGCCAAACUGGAUCUCAGCCAUAAAACAAAACUGAAUGGUGGGGCAACAAAGAGAAAAGGAAGAAAACUGAAGGUACCAGAUGAAAUUUUGACAUUUCAGGGGAAAAGGAAAAAAUGUAAAAGGAUCAAAAACGAUUCCCAAGAAACCAGAGACCAAAAACCUGGGGCUUUGAAAAAAUAUCGUAGCAUAAUGCCUAAACCUGUCAUCGUCAUGCCCGCUCUGGCUCCUCUGGCUUCUCCUACAGCUCUGUUACAAUCCCAAAGGCCCAGCAGCCUAGGGCAGGACGUUUUGUUAAAUAAUUCACUCACUCCUAAAUAUCUCGGCUGUAAGCAGGACCACAGCCCUUCCCCUAAGCCCAGCUCUGCACUCAGAAAUGGAUUCUCUGGCAUUAAGAAGCCUUGGCAUAGAUGUCCCGUCUGUAACCACCACUUCCAAUUCAAACAGCACCUUCGAGACCACAUGAAUACACACACUAACAGACGGCCUUACAGUUGUCGGAUUUGUCGCAAGGCGUACGUGCGUUCUGGCAGUCUGAGCACACACAUGAAACUUCAUCAUGGUGAGAACCGGCUGAAGAAACUCGUGUGCUGUGAAUUUUGUGCAAAAGUGUUUGGCCACGUCAGAGUCUAUUUUGGCCAUCUGAAAGAAGUACAUAGGGUUGUCAUCAGCACCGAGCCCUCCCCCAAUGAACUACAGCCAGGGGACACGCCAAAGGACAGAGACAGAGAUGUGCCUGUGCGAGGAAUGGAGGGACCCGUGCACAGGGAAAACAAGUCAAGCCUGGAAGAAGACCUCCUUCUAAACCAGGCCGACGAAGUCAAAUUACAAAUCAAAUGUGGCCGCUGUCAGAUCACUGUCCAGUCUUUUGCUGACAUAAAAUUUCAUUUACUUUAUGUUCAUGGAGAGGAAAUUCAGGGCAGGCUACAAGAGGAGCUCUCCCCAGGAAGCCAAGCAGCUCAGGAAGAACUGGUUAAACAUACCUCUCCUUCCUGGAAACAUCCUGAAAGAAGAAAGCUGCUGAAGCAUUGCCCCUCCGAUGAGGAAGUACAUGCAUUUCCUAAAUUGAAAAGACCACUCUACCUUCAUCAUCAGGAUGACAUGGAAAUACUCACAAAAAACGAAGGUGCCCAGCUGAGACCCAGUGAGCCAGGACCCAGAGAGCCGGAAGGAGUCCCCCAGGGCCCUGCCUGUCCCGGCCCCCAGUCAGGUCUCCUUCAGUCCCAUUCAGGCUUUAACUGCGUCCUUUGUGCACAGACGCUAGGAAGGAAAGACGAACUCCUCCUGCACUGGGAACAACAGCACAACUGUGAGGAGCCUCCCAAACUCUGGAGGAUUCUAAGUGUACUGUCUAACCCGGGGGAGAUUGAACUUCCCAGUGAGACUGAAAAAUGAAACGCUGGGGUGAGAGGGGAGUGAAAGAGAGUUUUGUGUCACCUUUCUCUCCAAGCUUUUUGUUUUAUGGUGGUGGUCAAUUAUAAAAAAUUAUAAAAACAUGUCAGGAUCAAGCAUUAAUGAGCAGAAGUGAUUUUGUACAUAAUUUUAUUUUCUUAUGAAAUAUGUAUAUAUAUGCCCUUGAUGCAUAUUUUUUAACCAUAUGCAGUUUUAUUUUAAGAUUCUAUGUACUAACUGUUAAUGUCUUAGACUUUAUUUCAGAAUAAAUUAAAAGAUCCAAAUUUGGAGAUUGAAAUGUAAAGGAUUAUAAACUGUUCUUCAAAUAUAGUUUUGAGUAAAAAUG